CUGUCUGUCCCCGCGCGGUGGGGAGGGGGCGCACCUGGCGGCGGGCUCUGCAGAGGGCGCCUUGCUUCGGCUCCCUGGAGGCCUGGGCGCCGGGCCCCGCGAGCGCGCCGCCACCUUGGGAGCAGUGUUGGCCAAGGACCCCGACGCCUUACGUUGAUCUUUAAAUAAAGCAAAAAUUUAUUCAAGAAAGGGCUUUCAUCAAGAAAUUAAAGAGAGAAAUUACAAGCAAUAGAGAAACUGGGCAUUUCUAUACUAGAGAAACCACCUAAAACAACUGUAUGGAGUAAGAUGAAAGGUAUGAAUAUGCCUGGAUGAAAUUUUACCUAGUGUGACAUUUUUGCCCAUCUUUUUGUCACAAAAGGCUGCUAAGGAAGAGAGAAUAUAGUUUUCUAGAGAAUAAGAGUACAGUGUAAAAAUGGAAACCACAGUUUCAGAAAUUCAUGUAGAAAACAAGGAUGAGAAGAGAUCAGCAGAAGGUAGUCCUGGGGCUGAAAGACAGAAGGAAAAGGCAUCCAUGCUUUGCUUCAAGAGAAGAAAGAAAGCAGCUAAAGCACUGAAGCCCAAAGUUGGCUCUGAAGCUGCUGAUGUGGCAAGGAAGUGUCCCCAAGAAGCAGGAGCUUCUGAUCAGCCAGAGCCCCCACGGGGGGCCUGGGCCUCACUCAAACGUCUUGUAACACGCAGGAAAAGGUCAGAGUCUUCAAAGCAGCAAAAGUUAUUGGAGGCUGAAGUGCAACCUGCAAUAAACACUGAGGAUGCUGAUCUUUCUAAGAAAAAGGCAAAAUCUAGACUUAAGAUUCCCUGCAUAAAAUUCCCAAGAGGGCCAAAAAGGAGUAAUCAUUCCAAAAUUAUAGAAGACUCAGACUGCAGCAUCAAAGUCCAGGAAGAAGCUGAAAUUUUGGAUAUACAAACACAGACCCCAUUGAAUGAUCAGGCAACAAAGGCUAAGUCAACCCAGGAUCUAAGUGAAGGCAUCUCACGGAAAGAUGGUGAUGAAGUCUGUGAAUCAAAUGUGAGCAAUAGCAUAACUUCUGGAGAGAAAGUGAUUUCAGUAGAACUUGGAUUAGAUGAUGGGCAUUCUGCUAUUCAAACGGGAACUCUAAUCCUUGAAGAAAUUGAAACGGUCAAGGAAAAACAAGAUGUUCAACCCCAGCAAGCAGGCCCACUUGAAACUUCAGAAACAGACCAUCAGCAAAUAGUACUUUCUGAUGUUCCACCUUUACCUGCAAUCCCAGCUCAACAAAUUAUGGAAGAAGCCAGUAACAAUAUCCUAAAAAGUGCACCAAAUGGGAAAGACUAUGAAAGUAGAGAGAUUGUAGCUGAAGAAACUAAGCCAAAAGAUACUGAAUUGAGCCAAGAAUCAGAUUUUAAAGAAAAUGGGAUCACUGAAGAGAAGUCCACAUUAGAAGAAAGCAAACGAAUAGAGCCCAUUGCUAUUAUUAUUACAGACACUGAAAUCAGUGAAUUUGAUGUUAAGAAAUCAAAAAAUGUCCCUAAGCAAUUCUUAAUUUCAACUGAAAAUGAGCAAGUAGGGGUUUUUGCUAAUGAUAAUGGUUUUGAGGAUAGAACUUCAGAACAAUAUGAAACACUCUUAAUUGAAACAGCCUCUUCUCUUGUCAAGAAUGCUAUUCAGUUGUCAGUAGAACAGCUGGUUAAUGAAAUGGCCUCUGAUGAUAAUAAAAUAAACAAUCUUCUACAGUGACUUACUCUCCAGAGUCAUGGCAGGAAAAACAAGCUUAAUGAAGAAUUCUUUUAUACAUUUGUGGCAUUUCUUACUCAGUAACAAAUGAGAGAUUUAUCAUCUCUAGAACUUAAAAGGUACAAUUCCAGCGCAGAAGUGCUAAAGAUUAAGUCAAGUUUAUAAAACUCUACCACUGAAAUGCAGUCACUUCUGGAUUGGAGGAAGUCAGCACAGAUUGCAGUAUAAAGUGACAUAACAUACAGGGAGUUGCUAAAACGGCAUAUGGAGAUUGGAGUGCUUUGGGGGAGGAAGAUGUAUUUAUUGAGCACUUAUGGUAUGCCAUAAGCUUUUUAAUGACCUCUGAUAUAACAAAGUCUGGUUUCCUUUUGAUAAUUCAGCUGUGUAUAGGCUAACAUCACAUUGAGUUUUUAAAAACUUAUUUUUACAGUGCACAUAUAUGUUGUUUAAAAUGGUGAAUAAGGUGAGCUACUUUUGUGAAUGUGAUUUGUAAUUGUUACAUUCCUAAGCAGUAGGCUUAACUCAAAAAAUACAUUGCAUUUUCCCAAUUUCAGCAGAUAGUGUGCAGAAUACGCAUAUUGAAAUUAAACGUGAGUGGUUUUCUAGUCUUAAGUCCCUUAUAAGAGCUAUUUGGCCGGGUGUGGUGGCUCACACCUAUAAUCCCAGCACUUUGGAGGCCAAGGAGGGUGGAUCAGCUAAGAUCAGGAGUUUGAGACCAGCCUGGCCAAUGUGGUGAAACCCCGUCUCUACUGAAAAUACAAAAAUUAGCUGGGCGUGGUGGCGUGCGCCUGUAAUCCCAGCUACUUGGGAGGCUGAGGCAGGGGAAUUGCUUGAACCCGAAAGGUGGAGGUUGCAGUGAGCCAAAAUUGCACCACUGCACUCCAGUCUGGGCACCAGAGCAAGACUCCAUCUCAAAAAAGAAAAAAAAAAAAAGGAGAACCAUUCACAAAUCCUUCAAUCAGGCAAACUGUUACUAAGUGCAAAAGUGUAGAAACAAGGAGUGGGUUUUCCCUCUCUUCUUUCUGCCUCAACAGAUCUGUAUAUAUCCAUUUCUGCAUGGAUUUAUCUGUGAAAAGUUAAAAAACGAAACAGCAAAAACAAAACAAGUGGAAUAUUCUUCUUCAUCCAGAAGAAGGGAAAAUUCCCAAUUAAAUUAUCAUAGAUAAUAUAGGAUUCAUCUUGCAGAAUUACUUCUUUAAGAGCCAUAUUCAUCAACCUCUCUCCAAAGAGGCGAGAGUAGAUUCAAAGCCAGGCUGGUAGUAAUGGUCCUGGAAAAUCCUAAUAAUCUAGUGCAAAUAUUAUUUAUUUUUGGCCAAAAAUGAGCCAUGAAUGUGGGUGAAUAGAAAGUGAAAAGUUAAAGCACAUUAUAAUUUAAAUGUCAAUAUUACUUCCUGUCUGUGUGUUGAGAGAAACCAGUAAAAAUCAUUUUACAUGGAUAUUGACAAUUAACUUUUUCAUCACUAUUUUCCUUUCUUUUCUUUUUUUGAGACGGCGUCUUGCUGUCACCCAGGCUGGAGUGCAGUGGCGCGAUCCGGCUCACUGCAAGCUCCACCUUCUGGGUUCAUGACAUUCUCCUGCCUCAGCCUCCCAAGUAGCUGGGACUACAGGCGCCUACUACCACGCUAGGCUAAUUUUUUGUAUUUUUAGUAGAGACGGGGUUUCACCCUGUUAACCAGGAUGGUCUCGAUCUCCUGACCUCGUGAUCCUCCCGCCUCGGCCUCCCAAAGUGCUGGGAUUACAGGCGUGAGCCACUGCACCCGGCCUUCAUCACUAUUUUCAAUCCAGAUAUACUUUACAAAAAUGAGAAAGGCUUAUUUGCAUUUUUAUUUACAUAUUGAAAGGGAAGCAUCUGAUCUCAUCAAUGAUUGCCAUAUUUUUUGAAAAAGUAAUCCUAUUUCAAUCUUUCCUUGUGUGAAAUGGCCAUAAUACCACAAUGCACUUCCCUACCUCACAGGUUAGGAUUCAAAGUGUGUAUUCCCCCAUUGUGUAAAUUGAGUGAUUAUGUUACUACUUGAAACAGAUGAAGUAAUAAAGAUGAAGUACGAGAUGUAA